AUGGCUCCAAUUUUGAGUAAAGUUAGUGCCGAUAGAAUAGUACCUAAUAGAUAUAUCAUUGUGUUCAAAGAUGGUUUAAGUACUGCUCAAGUUGAAAAACACCAGCAAUGGAUUAGUACUCAUCAUAAGAAUAUGUAUAACGAUAUGAAUAUUGAAUCUACUCCAUUUUUACUCCUGUUUUUCAAUAUUGGUGAAUCUUUUGGGGGUUAUUUUGGUUAUUUUAAUGACGAAUUAAUUAAGUUGAUUCAAUUAAAUCCAUUGGUGAAGUUUAUUGAACGUGAUGCUAUCAUGCAAAUUGAUGAGUUUGAUACUCAAAAAGACGCUACUUGGGGUUUAGCUAGAUUGAGUCAACGUGAACUUUCUCCCUCUACUGACUAUUUAUAUGAUAAUGACGGUGGUGAAGGGGUUACUGCUUACGUUCUCGAUACCGGUAUCAAAGUUGAACACUCUGAAUUUGAAGGUCGUGCUUCUUGGGGUGAAGCUGUUCCUUUCCCUCAUAUCAAAAGUGAUGACAACGGCCAUGGUACCCAUUGUGCGGGCAUUAUUGGAUCCAAAACUUAUGGUGUUGCUAAAAAAGUGGAAUUGGUUGCUGUUUCAGUGAUGAAUGCUUUAGGUUCUGGUUUUACCUCAGAUAUUAUCAAGGGUAUUGAGUUUGUAGUUGAUGAACAUAAGGAGAAAGUUAAAACUAAAAGAAAGGGCUAUAAAGGUUCUACCGUUAAUAUGUCUUUGCGUGGUGGUGUCACUGAUGCUUUAGAUCUGGCUACUAACGCUGGUUCUGAAGCUGGGUUGCAUAUCGCUGUUGCUGCUGGUAAUGAUGAUUCUGAUGCUUGUGAAUUCUCCCCAGCUAGAGCUAGUGGUCCAAUCACUGUUGGUGCUUCUGAUAAUGCUGAUAACAGGGCUUAUUUCUCCAACUGGGGUCGUUGUGUCGAUAUCUUUGCUCCUGGUGUUGAUAUCUUAUCUACUCACGUUCGGUCUGAUACCGCUCUUUCAUCUGGUACCUCGAUGGCUUCACCGCAUGUUGCCGGUUUGUUAUCUUACUUUUUAUCUUUGUACCCAGAUAUCAACUCAGAAUAUGCUACUGGCGAAAAUGGUUUACUUGAUUCUAAAUCUUUGAAAUCCAAAGUUAUCAAAUAUGCCACCAAAGGUGUCAUUCAAGGUAUCACUGAUGGUGAUUCUCCAAAUCUUCUAGCCUUUAACGGUGCUGGUGGUAACUUGACCGAUUUCUGGUCUUUCACUAGAAACGCACGGCAGGAACAAAAAAGUAACACUACAGGCUGGCGACUCACCACGGAGGUUUUAGCGGAGGUUUUUGGCCCUAACUAA